CAGCGUCGGGGCCCUGACUGACAGCGCGGCGCCAUGGCCGCGGGCCCGCGCGCCAAGGCCGCCACUCUGGACCUGAGACACCGGCUGCUCAGCUCUUCCUGCAGACUCUUUUUUCCUGAGGAUCCUGUUAAGAUUGUCCGAGGCCAAGGGCAGUACCUGUACGAUGAGCAAGGGCGAGAGUUCCUGGACUGUAUCAACAAUGUGGCUCAUGUCGGGCACUGCCACCCUAUCGUGGUCCGAGCCGCACACGAACAGAACCGGGUGCUCAACACCAACAGCCGAUAUCUGCACGACGGCAUCGUGGACUAUGCCCAGAGGUUGUCGGAGACCCUGCCGGAGAAGCUCUCAGUGUUUUAUUUCCUGAAUUCUGGGUCAGAAGCCAAUGACCUGGCCUUGAGAUUGGCUCGCCAGUACACAGGACACCAGGACGUGUUGGUAUUAGACCAUGCUUAUCACGGUCACCUGAGCUCCUUAAUCGACAUCAGCCCCUACAAGUUCCGGGACCUGGAUGGCCAGAAGGAAUGGGUCCAUGUGGCUCCUCUCCCAGACACCUACCGAGGCCCUUACCGGGAGGACCACCCCAAUCCAGCAGAGGCCUAUGCCAACGAGGUGAAGCACGUAAUCAGUAGCGCACAGAAGAAAGGCAGGAAGAUUGCAGCCUUCUUCGCUGAGUCUCUGCCCAGUGUUGGUGGGCAGAUCAUUCCCCCGGCUGGCUAUUUCUCCCAGGCGGCACAGCACAUACGCAGAGCUGGAGGGCUCUUUGUGGCAGAUGAGAUCCAGGUUGGCUUUGGCAGAGUAGGCAAGCACUUUUGGGCCUUCCAACUGGAGGGAGAAGACUUUGUCCCCGACAUCGUCACCAUGGGCAAGUCCAUCGGCAAUGGUCACCCUGUUGCCUGCGUGGCCACUACCCAAGCUGUGUCGAGGGCAUUUGAAGCCACAGGUGUAGAAUACUUCAACACGUUUGGUGGCAACCCAGUGUCCUGUGCUGUGGGUCUAGCAGUCCUGGAUGUAUUGAAAACAGAACAGCUCCAGGCUCAUGCCACUAAAGUGGGCAGUUUCUUAAUGGAGCACCUCAGCCAGCAGAAAGCCAAGCACCCUAUCAUUGGAGAUAUCAGGGGCACUGGGCUCUUUAUUGGUGUGGAUCUGAUCAAAGAUGAGACCCUGAGGACACCAGCAACUGAAGAGGCAGAAUAUUUGGUCUCCAGGCUGAAGGAGAACUACAUUUUACUGAGCACUGAUGGCCCUGGUAAGAAUGUCCUCAAGUUCAAGCCUCCAAUGUGCUUCAGCCUGGACAAUGCACAAGAUGUGGUAGCAAAGUUGGAUGACAUUCUAACAGACAUGGAAGAAAAAGUAAGAAGCUGUGAGACACUGAGGAUCCAGCCCAGCUCAGUCAAGCACCCUCCAGAAGAUACUCAUCCUCUUAACAGGACGGCAAGAUGACCUCCACCUUACAGAUAAAGCAAGUGUGUGAGGCUUUGUUGGAAGCCUUAAUGCCAGCCACUCUCCUAAGCAUUGGUCAAUUCCUGAGAUAGGUUUAUCCCUAAAUCUGAACAGGACCCAGUCAGACUCAACUUUAAUGCCUGAAAACUUUAAAAGGUAUAAAUGCUUCUACUUUAAUGGUAUGUUUUAAAAGACAGUCCCGACACAAUAACAUUAAAGGAGAGGGGGGAAAAAACACAAACACAGUGAAGAUGAGCUGGGCAUGACACAUGCCUUUAAUCCCAGCUCACUGGGAGGCAAAAGCCUGUUAUGGAGGGAGUUUUCUAGUCCUGCUGGGCGGGCAGCAGUAUGAUGCUGUCUCAAAAGGGGGUGGAAGGAUGCAUUACAUCUUCCUAUCAAGCCACACCUUCUACUUUAUCUUACAUUAAAGACAAAUAAGAGUAUUUACUUCUAAGGCCCACCAGUAACAUUUUUUUCACUACCACAGAGAAUCAAGGCUAUUCCUACUACUUCAUAUUAGGGCACACCAAAAAAGAAAGCAGUUGUCCACAGGCAUAACUAAGAAUGCCCCACCCAACUGCCUGCUUUAAUCCCCAACCCAAGCUUUUAUAACUCCCAAUGAGAAUGGGAGAACCUUUCUGGAGCCCCACCCUACCUUAUCUGGCAGCCACUCCAGUUCUCCAGUAAGCCACCGCCAGCCACACCUUCAACCCUCCUAACCAACUUGAAAUCUAUUACUCCACUAACACGCCUCCACAUUUGCAGUUAAUAGGAUCCCAGGGAGCUUUUUAGGCCUUGCAGUAAGGUUGACCAAAUGGGACAAGAAUUAGCAGCAGCAAAGCUCUGGAGCAGGAAGAACACCAGUACAGAUGGAAACCUACUUACUGGUUAAUGACUUCUAUAAGAUCACUGCAGGUCUCAUAAACCGUGGACUGUACACUAUUGACUCAACUCUAAGACUUAACCAAAAAAUCUAGUCACAGGACUUCCUCUUUUGCCUCUUUUACAACUGUUUUAGUUUUUAUAACGUGCUUUGUGGGAACAAUGUGAUGCUUACAGAGGCCAGAACAUCAGAUCCCUUGAACUGUGGUUACAGGAUUAUAGGUGGCUGUGGGCCACCAUGGGUGCUAGGAAUGAACCAUGGUCCGCCUGAAGAGCAAGUGCUCUUAGCCACUGAGCCAGCUAAUUCCAGCCCAGCAUCUCCUUAAAGGACCAGACUAUCUGUUUUAAUCAACAUUGUGUGCUGUAGGUCAUACUAACCUAGAGGGAUCUUACAGGUAGUUGAACCUUAAUUCCAUACCUCCCAGAGCCAAAAGCAGGUGAGGCAGUUGUGACACCUUACCUUGCUUCCGCUGACAGUAUGAAAUUUUUUCUCCAGAACUUUCUUCACAGGAUCUUCCUCUUUAAAUGUAAUAAAAACAAAGCCCCGUCUUUUGUUCAA